UGAAAACUGCAGACGUAGCCCGCUGUGUUGUUACCGUCAGUUUCUAAUAAUGAGUGACAAACCUCUCUUUGUGAAUGUGGACGAGUGGAUUAAAGAGAAUGAGAAAGAAUUUUUACCACCGGUAUGCAACAAGCUCAUGCACUUCCGUCAGUUGAACAUCAUGUUCGUUGGCGGUCCCAACACCAGAAAGGACUACCACAUCGAAGAAGGGGAGGAGCUCUUCUACCAGGUGAGAGGCGACAUGUGCCUUAAGGUGGUCGAAAAUGGCAAACACAAGGACGUGCACAUCAAGGAGGGAGAGAUGUUCCUGCUGCCAGCUCGGAUCCCCCACUCCCCCCAGAGGAAGGCCAACACCGUGGGCCUGGUGGUGGAGCGGAGGAGGCUGCCGGCUGAGAGAGACUGCCUGAGGUAUUAUGUGGACAACUCCCCACAGAUCCUGUUUGAGAGGUGGUUCUACUGUGAGAACCUGGGAACCCAGCUGGUGCCAAUAAUCAGAGAGUUCAUGGCAUCUGAGCAGUGCAGAACAGGAAAACCCAAUCCAUAUGACGACUUCACAAACCCUCCGUUCUCGAUGAACACCGAGAGGGUCAUGCCGCCGUUCAACUUUAAAAAGUGGCUGGACACACAGAGGCCGAUCCUGGCCACCGGGAGGCACAUCAACAUGUUUGGGGAUCAAUUUGAGACGGAGACGCUGCUGUACGGGCCGGGGUGGCCCGAGACGUCCAAGCGGGAAAGUGACGUGUGGAUUUGGCAGCUGGAGGGCUCUUCCAAAGUCACCAUGAAUAGAAAGGAGGUCAGGCUCUCUCAAGGCGACAGUCUGCUCAUUCCUCAGCAGAGCGAGUACCAGUGGCAGCGAGACAAGGGGACUGUUGCCCUGUUUGUGGUUCAGAAUCCUGCAAGGAAGAGACCCUACUACUGAUCAUGCCAUGCACACGCACACACACGCACACACACACACACACACACACACACACACACACACACACACACACACACACACACAUAUUCAUGGCCAAAGUGAAGAAGAGGAGUCGUACUCAGCACAAAGCAAAAAAGAGCAGAGCGAGUUUGGUCAGGAAACCCUCCAGGCUCCCUCAGAUGAUUGGUUCCUAGUUACUGUAAAGAUAUUUACUUAAGUAGAAGUAAGUAAGUAAGUACUACUGUAAAAAUCCACUUAAGUAAAAAGUAAAAGGUAACUCAUUUGAAAUGUACUCAUGUUACUGAGAUUCCUUUUAGAAACAAUAACUUCACAA